CAAACAAUCCUCAUAUCAGUUAAUCCGUCCGGGUAUAACCUACCCUCACUUUGUUGAACACACAAACACUUUGGCUGAAGACGGAGCAACAUGAAGCAGUCGUUUGCCUUGUUGGCCGUAGUGGCCCUGUUGUCACAGACAUUCGCUCUGCCCUUCGUGGGAUCUGUGAACCAAAAACAGCAUUACAUCACCCAGCUGGUCCAAGUACCCGAUAGAGGCAAUUUGGGUGUGGACCUAUGUCCGACCUGUAUCCAGUUCACAGACCAGGCUAUUGACGUCCUUCUAAACAUCAUUCUCAACUCUGGGGUAGUGGGGACCUGUGGAACACUUUGUAGCGCUCUAGCUACCAAAACCGGAAGUCAGGCUCUCGGAGCUGUAUGCAAUAUCCUCUGUGACGUUGUUGGUAUCGAGGAAUUCGUCAAACUUCUACAAAAAGCCGACCUCGAUCCCAUUUAUUUCUGUGAGUUACUGAAAACUUGUGCAAUCAACGACAAUGGGGACGCUAAAAUCACAACCUUCUCAGUUUCGCCCAGCUCAGGACCCCAAGGCACAUUCCGGAUUGAUUUUGGGUACACGUCUAUGAACGGAACCGGUACUGGUGAGAUCGUGCUGGAAGUCAUGACUGUAGAUGGUAUUCCUGUCGAAAGCGGAUUCAUCCAUGAACUUGCUCAGGCUGGAAACUACACCUCCAGCUUCUCCCUGAAAGCUCAACCAGACCCGAACUGUGACCCCUCUCAGGGACCAUGUGAACAAUGGAUUCCUGGGGACUAUGACGUCAAGAUAGCAAUCUGUAAUGGGGAAUGCGGCAGUAAACAUCCUCACAGUCAGACAUAUGACGAGGGAAUGACAAACUUUACUAUCACCAACUAGACUGCUUCUUACGAAAAACAGGUGUCAAAUAAACAAUAAUAUGUUCAUAUCUAUACAUUUUAGAACACCUAACUGGUCAAUUAUAUCAACUGAUUUUACAGUUUAUAUAUAAAUUUAUCGAAAAAAAAAAUCUCGUUCUUAAUGACUUGUUUCAUUAAUUUAAAACACUAAUUUCUUUGAGUCAAUAAUUAAACUCAAAUGCGUUCUC